UUUCUCCCUCCCACCUAUUCUUAUUAUUGAGGUGGGGGGAGGAGAUGCGCCAUUCGGACGGAUGCCGCCGCAGCAGCGCGUAAAAAGCUGCGGAUUGUUUCCCAGCGCGCGUCCAAGGGCCACUCGUAAAAGUUUCCGAAGAACGCCCCGACUCGGCUUCUUCUCCUCCCGGCUAAAGCAGCACCGGCAAGCAGGCUGGAAGACCACCAGGCUCGCAGGACUCAGCCCCUCCGCAGGGCGCAGAUGAUCGCCACCGGCGUAUGCGGCGUGGCGCUCGUCCUGGUUUUGGUGGUGCUCAUCCCGGCCAUGGUCAACUCCGCCGGAACCCCCGCCCGCUCCGAAAUGCUCGGCGCCUGCCAAAUGGUGUGCGACCCCCACGGGACCACGGCCGUCACGGCGCCGGCCAAGGCGGCCGGUGAGCCGAUCAAAGAGAACCGCCUGAUGCAGUCGUUGCCUACCUUCAUCCAGGGUCCGCAAGGCGAGCCGGGUCGCGCGGGGAAGACGGGUCCGAGGGGCCCCCCGGGCGAGCCCGGACCG